AUGCCAGUCCAGUCAGAUGCUUCCCUUCCAGCUCGUGAGCCUAUACCACAGCUCCAGUCGUCUUCCAUACCAGACCCGCUCGAUAUCUACAAACGGGAACUUGCCAACGCCAAGGAGUUUAAGGCAUUACGGAUAUUGCAGUCCUUGCAAGAUAGACUUCAUAACAAACAAUCAGCAGCUGCACCAACCACCACGAAUAGCAAACAGACCGUCAAGCCUCCGCCCUUUGUUGCGUGUACUCUCUGCCGACAAUGCAAAGCCAAAUGUGUGAUCUCAGACCCCGCUUCAGGCCAGUGUGAUAGAUGCAAAGCCUGUAAAUGCCAGUGUGUAUUCGAAGGACAUAAGAGGGGUCGUAAAAGUCAGGAGUCAACACUGGACAAAUCACCGUCUCAGCCUGAGCCUUCCCGUACAUUGCAUAUCCCACCAAUGGAGAUUGAUAGCGACGAGGAUGAGGAUGGAGAUAUGUCUAGCCCCAACACCCAGCCAUCGCAGUCCGCUGCUCAUCAUCCCCUUCAAUUGAUUGCUGGUUCAUCUCGACCGCUUUCCCUCAAGAACCUGCUGAAUCCCAGUACCUCUGGUGGCCAAGAGAGAUCGACCAAAGGAUUGUCGGCGGACAAAAGCAAAGGGGAUAUAGUAUCGAGGGGAGUGAUCUCGUUGGAAAUGGCGCAGAAAUUGUUUGACUUAGUAGCUUCCUAUUCACAACGAUUCUCUCUUCCGCCGCUCGCUUCAUAG